AUGAUGUCGAAAAGUAUUUAUGAUCGACAAUUAAAUAUGGAUUUAUUUAAACGUUUACAUCCAAUGAAUUUUACACUUGCAUCAAAGCGUUCUAUUAAAAUUUUAGGACCAAGUUCAUAUAAUCCAAUGACUAUUGAUGAAAUUUAUUGUAAAAAAUCAUGUAGUAAAUAUGGACCUUAUUAUCAACAAUCAAAACGAUUUCCAUCAAUAAAUCGUAAAUCGAAACAUUUAUGUCAUACACAAACAUUAAUAUAUGGUUUAAAUAAUAUUCCUGAUGAAUUACGAAGAAAAAAUGAAUUUGAAAGACGUUAUAAUGCUAUACGACUUGAUCGACAGAGUAAUGAUAUAUGUCGAAAACGAAGAGAGCUUGCACCACGUGCUCCCUCUGUUACUUUAUAUGAAAAGUCAAGUUUUGUUGAUGAACUUCAACGAAUCUAUGGACCUUAUGUUAAACUAGCACAAGAUCAUCAUAGUAAAAUUCUAGAUUGGUACAAAGGACCAGCUCGUCUUGAAAUCCAAUCACCUCCAUCUAUUCUUGAAUCUCUUUUUUCAAAACCUAAUUGUUAUAAAGGCAAAUUUUUACCAAUGCCUUCUAAUCUUAAUAUAAAUGAAAAUCAAAUAAAAUCUUCACCCGGACCAACUACUUAUUUUCAAGAUUUAUUUUCUCAAAGAAAAUCUUCUCAUAUAAAUCAUGAAAAAAAUCCAUUACUCGGUUUUCUUUCAUCAACGGAACGAGUUCAUAAAACAAAACUUUCAAUCUCACAUCUAGGUCCAGCUUCAUAUACGCCUGAUGCUUGUAUUCAAUUAUGUUCAAAAAAAAAGAAAAAAAACAAUGAAAUAAAUAGAAAGUUUUAA